CCUGAACCCAGGAGGCGGAGGUUGAGACAUUGCUGCAAUGAACAUGCUGGGACAUUGCCUUCUGUCCCAGGAAUAUGUGAGCUCCCCUAGAAUACGCAUGAAGGAGUGGAAUCACUCCACCUUUCCCACAUGAUGCUACAUGAUGUCAAAUUGUUCUCUGGAAGAAAUAAUCCAAAUACCUAUCAGGAGGGGGCUGGUUAGGAAGCACUGCAUUCAAAAAAAGUAAUCUCUAUUAAAAAAAAAAGUAUUUGCCAUUGGUGUGCCAAGCCCUUGGAAUCGCUGCCAUGACUAAGGCGGAUAUGAAUCCAAAGGCCUAUCCCCUUGCUGACACCCACCUCACCAAGAAACUACUGGACCUUGUUCAGCAGUCAUGUAGCUGUAAGCAGCUUCGGAAAGGAGCCAAUGAGGCCACCAAAACCCUCAAGAGGGGCAUCUCUGAGUUCAUUGUGAUGGCUGCAGAUGCCGAGCCACUGGACAUCAUUCUUUACCUCCCGCUGCUGUGCGAAGACAAGAACAUGCCCUAUGUGUUUGUGCACUCCAAGCAGGCCCUGGGGAGAGCCUGUGGGGUCUCCAGGCCUGUCAUCACCUGUUCUGUGACCAUCAAAGAAGGCUCACAGCUGAAACAGCAGAUCCAGUCCAUUCAGCAGUCCAUUGAAAGGCUUUUGGUCUAAACCUGUGGCCUCUGCCACGUGCUCCCUGCCAAAUUCUCCCCUGAGGUGGUUGUGUAUCAUAUUGUUUGUGUUAACAUGUAGUAGUUUCAGCUAUUCUCUAUUGUUAUAAAAUGUUGUAGUA